AUGUCAGCUACUUCGGUUCGUGAGGGUGGGCCUACCCUUAAAGGCCCAUUCGACUUUAAGGACUCACCCCUCAGUCGCGCAUCUCGCCAACCACUACUUCUCGGCCUUUUUCUCAACCUUCAAGAUAUCAAUAUAUCCACUCAUCCCACAAGCAACAGCUGGACGUUUGAUUACAACGUCGACCUCGUUCGUAAAGCCGAGGACCUUGGUUUCGAACUCGCUUUCAGCCGCACCCAAUGGCUGCCGAAAGGCGGCUAUGACGGCGAGGCCUCUCUCGACGCCUUCGUUGCUCUCGGCGCCAUGGCCGGAGUGACCAAAUCCAUCCUGCUCAUCUCCACCAUGCAUGUGCUAUACGGCCCGCUCCAUCCGCUACACAUCGCAAAGUACGGCGCCACACUGGACCACAUCGCCAAAGGGCGCUGGGGCAUCAACGUGGUGACAGGCCAUCGUGCUGUUGAGCAUGAAAUGUUUGGAUGGCAGCGUAUUGAGCAUGACAAGCGGUAUCAGAUGGCUGGGGAGUUGUUCGACGUGGUGAACAGUCUUUGGGGCGAGACGGAGAACCUGUCAUACAAGGGUAAGGUGUCACCUUGGCAGCUCGAGAAUGCGUGGAUCACGCCCAAGCCGCAGUAUGGCAGGCCGAUCCUCAUCAACGCUACCGGCUCGCCCGCCGGCAUCGACUUUGCGGCGCAGUACUCUGAUUUGAUUUUUAUCACAUCCCCGGGGACGGCAAACAUUGAGAGCGCGCUAGAGACAUUGCCCGACCACAUUGCCACGAUCAGAGCUGCGGUUAAGUCCAAGGGCCGGGAGGUCAAGAUUCUCAUAAACCCCAUCAUCGUAUCGCGUGACACGCCUGAGGAGUCUUGGGCGUACGCUCGCAGCAUUGCCGAGGGCACGAAGGUGCAGACGGGAACCAAAAAGUUUGGUACGGCGAACGGGAACUAUGACAGUGAUGCCCAUGCGUGGCGGGGAAGGAAAGGGGUUCAAGGAAAGCAGGGGCUCAACCUCGGAGGAAAUAUUGAGAUCAUCGGCUCACCGGAGCAAGUCGUCAAGCAGUUGGAGGCUCUGCAUAAAAUCGGGAUCGAUGGGGUCGUCGCGAACUUUUACGAUUUUGCACCGGACUUGGAGUACUUUGGCAACAAGAUCCUACCUUUGGUUAAAGAAGCUGGUCUGCGAGUUGCCUGA